UGUCAGUUGCAGAACAGUAUAUUCUAUUUCAUCAUCAAUGGUAGAUAGAUUAUAUUUGGUGAUUGCUGUCUUGCUAUCAUUGGUUAUUUCUUUUGAUGGAAGCCCAAGAAAAGUCAUUUUUGACAAGUGGUCUGGAAACAUAACUAGUAAUCCAGGGAACAAAUAUCUGAAAAAUCAAGAGUAUGAAUGGCUGAUAAAAGUGCCUGUUGGUGGAAAUUUCAUAGAAUUAAAGUUUCCUGCCUUUCUAACCGAGUGCUUAUAUGACUACGUGUCAGUAUACAACAAUAAUGAUGAGGAUAACAGAUUACAAUUGGCUGCCAUAAGUGGAAAUUUACGUUCCAUGGAAGACAUUGUCUCUGAUACAGGACAAAUGUACAUACACUUGACUAGUGAUGCAGAUAGAGUGUUCAGGGGGUUUAAAGCUACUUUUAGUGUCACUAUCUGUCCUAACAACUGUACUGGAAGCAAUGGAAGGUGUAAUCCGAACUCCAACAAGUGCACAUGUAAUACUGGCUGGUAUGGAGACAAGUGUGAUAAGGGAGCACUAGAUUGUGGGUCACACGGCCAGCUGGAUACACUCCUCAACAAAUGCAGGUGUAAUGAAGGAUAUUUUGGCUGGAAGUGCAACAUCAAGUUGAUCUCUAAAGCUGAGGAGCCCCCUUACAAUAGUUGGUUUAGUUUAGUACAGCCAGAGAGUAGACAGUCUAUCCUCAGCUGGGAUCAAGCCAAGAGAAUGUUACCAAGACAAGGUCACACGGCUGAUGUUAUCGGAGACUACCUGUACGUUUUUGGAGGGUACGAUCUAAACCUGGUCCUGUACAGCUUCAAGAGACUGCACGUGGUGUCCGGUGACUGGUCUGAUGUCCCGAUUAGUCCUGCCUCUUCAUCGCUACCUGGAGGACGCUAUAUGCACAGUUCAGCAGUGUUUGGUGAUAGUAUCCUGUAUUGUGGCGGAUUCUUCAAGAGCACAACGACUAUCGGAGGCGACUGUUGGCUGUACAACACGUCAGACUCGUGCUGGUACCAGUACCCGUCUCUUCCAGUACCGGUUACCGGGCACACAACCACUGUGGUGCCAGCUGGCAACGUUUACCUUUUCGGAGGUCUUACCGGUGGAGACACGGACCACUAUUCCUGCUCACUUCACACCAUGGAUCUAUCCUCCCGGAGUCCCGUAUGGGGUCUGGUGACCCCCACUAUCUACAAGUGUUCUGAGAUAAGACGGUACGGCCACUCUGCUGUGUAUGAUGAGGACUCAGGGAGUAUUGUCGUGUUCGGAGGUUUUGUUCCAAUACCUCAUGUACGGUACGACAAGAGUUCGGAUGUUUUACUCUUCAGUAUAAAAAACAAGAUCUACAGAUAA